CGUUAAAAAUCCUGAUACACGACACACACAGCUCACACCUCCAUCCUUCUCCAUUCACACUCUCUUCGCUCAUCGCAAAUUUCAGUUAACCUAAAUUUCACUCACAAUUGUUGUAAAAGGAGGCGAAUUCAAGCAAUGAAUUUCAAGCCGCCGGAGCCGCGGUCGGCCUCGAAGACGGUGAGGCCGUCCGGCUCAAUCGUGACGGCGGAGAAGGCCUUCUCCUUCAUAUCCAAGGGCUGGCGCGAGGUCCGCUCCUCAGCCGACGCCGAUCUCCAGCUCCUUAAAAACCGCGCUAACUCCUUCAAAAACCUAGCCGACAAGGAGCUCGAGAAUUUCCUCAACUCCGCCUCGAGGACGCCCUUCAGUGUCCCCACAAUUACCGCCUCCGCCACUCUCAAUCCGCCUCCGCCGGCGGAGAUCGAUUUCGUGAAGAAGCUCCAGCCGAAGCUUUCGGAAUUCCGGAGGGCGUAUUCGUCGCCGGAUUUCAAGUUCUACUCCAAGCCGCAGAUUAAGAUCAAUCUGUCCGCGAUUAAGAACGCGAUUGUGGCGGAGGUGGGGGAAGAAGAGGAUGAGGAGGACGAGAGGGAGUCGUUGAGGAAGUGGCGGGGUGUGAGGUUUAAGGAGAAGGAGAGGGAGGAGGGGCAAUUUGGGGAAUUCUGGGAACCGAUAAGGACGUUCAAGUCGAGGCUGAGGGAACUGGAGCAUAAAAGCUCCGCUGAGAUUUUUGAGGGAAUUAAGAACAGUGAGUUCGUCGAGAAGUUCAAGUCGAGCCUGAAAUCAAUAUGCAAGGAUCCCCACGAAUCAAAGGAAGUCCCACCCCUUGAUGUACCGGAGCUGCUCGCAUGCCUAGUGAGGCAGUCUAGCCCCUUUCUGGAUCAACUGGGCAUUGGUAGAGGCAUAUCAGACAAGAUAGUGGAGAGUUUAUGCAGCAAACGGAAAAACCAUCUUAUGCUACGCUCAUUAUCUGAUGGAGAGUCAUCGAUUGUUGAAAGUGACAACAUUACUGAUGAGUUAGACUUGAGGGUAGCCAGUGUACUCCAAAGUACAGGACAUCAUUAUGAUGGUGGCUUUUGGAGUGAUAUUGGAAAAAAUGACGUGUCAGAGUUGUCAGACAAAAAGAGGCAUGUGGCUAUUGUCACCACCGCCAGCCUUCCUUGGAUGACAGGAACAGCUGUAAAUCCAUUGUUCCGAGCAGCAUAUCUUGCAAAAUCUGCUAAACAGAAUGUUACACUUUUGGUUCCAUGGCUUUGUCAAUCUGAUCAAGAGCUUGUUUAUCCCAACAAUAUAACAUUUAGCUCGCCUGAGGAACAGGAGAGUUAUAUACGUAGUUGGCUUGAGGAAAGGAUUGGCUUCAAGGCCGACUUCAAGAUAUCAUUUUAUCCCGGAAAGUUCUCGAAGGCAAGGCGGAGUAUCAUGCCAGCUGGAGAUACGUCUCGCUUUAUUUCAUCCAAGGAUGCUGACAUUGCAAUCCUGGAAGAACCUGAACACCUGAACUGGUACCAUCAUGGAAAAAGGUGGACUGAUAAGUUCAACCAUGUUGUUGGUAUUGUUCACACAAACUACUUGGAAUACAUCAAGAGGGAGAGAAAUGGUGCUCUGCAAGCUUUUUUUGUCAAGCACAUAAAUAAUUGGGUUGUGAGAGCAUACUGUCACAAGGUCUUGCGACUCUCUGCUGCCACUCAGGAUUUACCUAAGUCCAUCAUCUGCAACGUUCAUGGUGUAAAUCCCAAGUUCAUAGAGAUUGGUGAAAAAGUGGCUGCAGAAAAGGAGCGUGGAGAGCAAACUUUUUCAAAAGGAGCAUAUUUCCUAGGCAAGAUGGUAUGGGCAAAAGGUUAUAAGGAGCUCAUAGAUUUAUUAGCAAAGCAGAAAAAGGAUCUUGAUGGCUUCAACUUGGAUGUGUAUGGAAAUGGAGAGGAUGCUCAUGAUGUUCAAAACACUGCCAAACGACUAAAUUUAAAUGUCAACUUCAUGAAAGGCAGAGACCAUGCAGAUGAUUCCCUGCAAGGUUACAAAAUCUUCAUAAAUCCCAGUGUCAGCGAUGUGCUAUGUACUGCUACAGCUGAGGCCCUUGCGAUGGGAAAAUUUGUUGUCUGUUCCGACCACCCUUCAAAUGAUUUCUUCAGGGCAUUCCCCAACUGUUUGACAUACAAGACACCAGAAGACUUUGUUGCUAAAGUAAAAGAAGCUAUGGCCAAUGAACCCCUGCCUCUCACCCCCGAGCAAAGAUACAGUCUCUCGUGGGAGGCUGCUACCCAGAGAUUCAUGGAAUAUUCCGAGCUUGACAAGGUUCUGAAUAAUCCGGGUGGGAGCAGUAGAAGUAACAACAGUUUGACAAAGUCGAGCUCAAUGCCCAACUUGAACGAAGUGGUUGAUGGAGGACUAGCGUUUGCGCAUUACUGCCUCACUGGCAAUGAGUUCCUGAGGCUGUGCACGGGAGCAACCCCGGGAACUAGGGAAUACGACAACCAGCAGUGCAAGGAUCUUCAUCUGUUGCCUCCGCAGGUGGAGAACCCGAUUUAUGGGUGGUAGAUGGGUAAGAAAGCCAACUUGUAAAUCGUUAUUUAUCAUAAUGUAAGAUAGAUACGUGAAGUAAGUUGUUAGGGUAUAUAUGAAAGCGUAAGCUUGGACUUGAUGUCUUGAUAGUCCUAGCACUAUCCAGUUUUGUUUUAUUUUGCCAUAUGUAGCUGUGAAGACGAAUAUUAUCAACUGUGCCACACCUUGAAAGGUGAAUGUAAAUACAGCAUAACCCAGAUUCUACCACUUAAA